UGUUCACUCGGACUCAAUGGGGCUCUAACAUUAGGAGUUUCAAGCUGUAAAACUGCAUAUUUAUUACCCGUUCCCUUCUUUAUAUUUAAGUUUUGUACAUAACACAGAUAACUUAUUGAAGAACAAGGUGGGUGUGCGUCUCUAAAGGCGCACCAAGUUACAGGCUCCCUAAAAAGUUACUGAGGGAGAAAGAACGAAACGCUAAUUUUGAAACUGUCCUGCCUUGUAGUCAAACCGGUCAAAAAACUUGGGAACUAUGGAUAUUCGGAAGAAGCGGAGGCCGUGGUGCAUGGAGACAUCGUUCGUGCUCCUCCUGUGCCUUACUUUGGCACAAGCAGAUCCGAUAGAUGUUUUGCGGGCGCUGCAGUUGCCUUCCCUCCCCGAAGGUGUGCAGAAGGUUCCGGGUUUCUGUACCUCCCGUCGGGCCGGCACUCCUGAUCAUGCCUACCGCAUCAAUAAGAAAGCCCAGAUCUCUGCCCCCACCAAACAACUAUUCUCAGGACGUUUCCCAGAGAACUUCUCUAUUAUGACUCUGGUGAAGGCCAAGGCUGGUCUUCAAGCCUUCCUGCUGUCCAUCUACAAUGAGCAGGGUGUACAGCAGCUCGGUCUAGAGUUGGGACGCUCACCCAUCUUCCUGUAUGAGGACCAGAAUCGCAAACCCGCCCCAGAGGACUACCCACUGUUCAAAGGGGUCAACCUGGCUGACGGCAAGUGGCACCGCAUAGCCAUUUCUGUGCAGAAGAAGAACAUCACUCUGAUCCUUGACUGCAAGAAUCGUAUAACCAAAGCUCUGCCGCGUAGCAACAACCCAGUCUUGGACACCAAGGGCAUCACUGUCUUUGGAGCCCGUCUCCUGGAUGAGGAGGUCUUCCAGGGUGAGAUCCAGCAACUGCUGAUCGCAUCCAACCCUCAGGCCGCCUUUGACUUCUGCGAGCACUACAGCCCUGACUGUGACUCCCCUCUGCCCAAAGUCCAGUCCCAGGACCCAAACACCUACGAGGGCAAGGCGAACAACGGCAAAGCCGAUAAGCAAAAAAAAUCCGCUGCAAAAUCAGAAAAACCUGCUAAACCAGCUAAAGCCAAACCAACUCCAUCAGUCAAAACUGCAAAGAGCAAACCAACUGCAGCACAAUUAUUGAUUUCAAAGAUAAAACCUACUUUGGCUUCUAAACUAGCAGCCAAACCAAAAGCAACUCUGGGCACAAAGAAUGACAACAACAAAAAGGCUAAUGCCAAUGGAAAGGCGGUUGAGGAGAAAAAAAAUAAUGGUCAGGCUAAAGUAAAUGGUAACGGCAACGGCAAAAGCAAUGGGAAUGGGAAAGAUGCUAAUGGUAAGGCUAAGGCUGGCAGCAAUGGUAAAGUCAAUAACAAUGGCAAUGUGGAGAAAAAAGCAAACGGAGAAGCUAAAACUAAUGGUGCAAAAACAGUGAAGGCUGAAAAGGCAGCAGUGACCAAAGUAACAAUAACCAAGGAGUCGGAGACAACUGCAAAGAAAUUGGGAAAAACUAAACCGCCCGCCAAACCACAACCAACCAAAGACAAGAUAGACAAAACAAAAGCCAAUGCACCACCCGUGAAGCCUAAACCAACCAAAACUGUGGUAGAGAAGGUUCAGAAAGUCUCUAAAACCGCAUCCGUCACUCAAAAACCUGUCGUUUUCAAACCUACCCCUGCGCCUUUGCCUCUCCCUUCAAAACCUAGGGUCUUGGAUGUCAAUAACGUCAAAUCAAAGACCAAAAAUUUCCCACCCUUCGACAAGGCUGCGCGUGACACGACCAUCUCUUCUCCAGAAAUCCCCAAGAAGAAACCCACCAAUGGUUAUCAACAGGACGUAGAUCCUGCUUACUCAGAGGCUGACCACACCCCCACAGAGACCGAUUAUUAUUACACAGUAGGAGAAGAGGCGUCCCCACAGCCAGAAAGUGAUCCGAAUGGAUAUGAAGAAAGCAUGAACCAGGUGGACGAGACUGUCGCUGUGGAGGAAAUAGAUACGACCAAGACAGGUGGUGAAGGGGUGUCUCAAACGCCAGACGAGCCCUUCGCUGAGGAGUACAUAACAAGCGACUUUGGAAUGAAGGAGUAUGACUAUUCCUACAAAGACUACAGUGAGCCCAUCUCUGAAAGCAAGACG